AUGAUUCCUACCGCAUGCACAGCACGUGGAGGCAGAGCAGUGGCCUGGCCAUGUUGGACUGGGCUCGCAUUGGCCUAUAUAAGUGCCGUCGAGUCCCUUGCCAUCCAUCUGCCAACAUCUUGCUCGCCAUCCUCGACCCUUCCUGCUCCGACAGCAUCAUCUAGCUUCGUCCUCGUUCCGCAAACGCUCUCAAACAUGCGUCCUGAAUUCUGCUCCCUCAUCCUCGCCCUCGCCGCCAUGAGCGGUGCUGCGCCCACACCACCGACCGAGCAGGCCGACGCUUCAUUGGCCUCUCGAUCCUGGCCCGAAUCGAACGACGAGAGGGACACGACACCCUCGCAGCCUCCUCCAUUCGUUUUCAAGAGGAAUGCCGCCAAGUACUGGGAGGAAAAGGAGGAGGAGAAGCCCUUCUACUAG